AUGCCUGUUGCAGUUUCUCGCUCCCCUUUCCUCACCAUCGCCAGCACCGUGUUUGCCACCAUCUGGGUUGGAUUUGGGGUCAAUGCCAUCCUCAAUCCCGACCAUGCUCUUUCCUUCUUUGAAUUCAGGCCACCACUUGGUGCUGCCGAUAAAAAGCUGGUCGACAGCCUAAUGGCCGUUUAUGGCAUACGAGACAUUUUCAUGGGUCUCGCAACUUACGCUGCUACAUUCGUCGGGGACAGAAAGACGCUUGGAUGGAUUCUGGUGUUCGGGAGCGCUGUCGCGUACGCAGAUGGGGUGGUGUGUUUAAUGGCAGAAAAUGGAGGAGAGUGGAGCCAUUGGGGGUACGGACCGAUGUUGACAAUUGUAGGAGUCUUGUUGCUCGGGGUUUUGGGGUAG